GAGUUUCGCUUUUGUUGCCCAGACUCCAGGCUGGAGUGCAAUGGCGUGAUCUCAGCUCACUGCAACCUCCGCCUCCCAGGUUCAAACGAUUCUCCUGCCUCAGCCUCCCAAGUAGCUGGGAUUACAGGUAUGCACCACCACACCAGGCUAAUUUUUUUUUUUUUUUUGUAUUUAGUAGAGAUGGGGUUUCACCAUGUUGGUCAGGCUGCUCUCAAACUCCUGACCUCAGGUGAUCCACCUGCCUCAGCCUUCCAAAGUGCUGGGAUUACAGGCUCGAGCCACUGCGCCCGGCCUCAUUUUCUUCUUUUGAACAAUUCCCUCCUGAUUAGGGGUGGGGUUACUGAUCAGACAUUUUGAACAUCUUUCUGACUAUUGACAAUUUUACAUCUCACAAGAUCUGUUGUCCUUGGCCUUAGCCUCUGCAAAGCCAGACCCUAAGGGCUGGCCCCUCUGACAUCUCCCCUCCUCCAGCUUUGCGGUCACCCUUUUCACCUGGGGCGUCUGCCUCAGUCCCCUGCCUCUCCUCUCCACAGCCCACUCCUUCUCCUGCCCACAGGGCUGCGGGCUUCCCCUCCCCAGGCAAGCUGGGGCCGUGUCGCAGCGCCUGGCCAUCACGACUUUGCCGUUGCCAAUGCAAUCUGGCUCGUUGGCAUGCACUGUGCUUACCUUAGCCUCAGGGUGUCCUGCAUAGGUCCCCAGGAAGAUAAACCCUGGGUGAUGUGUCAUUUUCCCCUUUCCGUUUCUUCCCACGUCCUUCCCCCCAACCUCCCUGCGUAGGCAGCGCAUCUAGUUGGCACUCCAUAAAUAUCCGAAGUAUUUACAAAAUAACGUUGAAGUUCUGUGCUGUUUAGUUAGAUCUCUUAAGGUUGAUAAUGUACAAGGCAAUUUGCAUCAGGAGCAGAGAUAGGGCCCGGCAGAUAUAAAUUAAAAAUGCAAUUGCACGCAUUCAUUCAACGAGAACUCACUGAGCAACUACUAUGUGAUCACUGCAGUGAAUAAAAGACAAACAAACAAACAAACAAAAAACAAAAGAGCAAGAAGGUGGCCGGUUGCGGUGGCUCACCGCUGUAAUCCCCAGCACUUCGGAAGGUCGAGAAAGGAGGAUCGCUUGAGCCCACGAGUUCAAGACCAGACUGGGCAACAUCAUAGUGAGACCUCGUCUCUACAAAAAUUAAAAAAUUAGUCGGGGGUGGUGCGAGGUGGGAGGAUCGCUUGAGCCCGGGAACCGUAGGCUGCAGUGAGCCGGGAUCGCACAACUGCACCACAGCCUGGGCAGCAGAACGAGAAAUAAAUAAAUAAAUAAAAGCCAGAAAGUAAAAAUAAAGUGUUAGAUGGCGAUUCGAGUUGAGGAGGAAAUCAGGCAGGGGAAAAAAACUGAAAGCGAGGAGUGAGUGGCUGGCAAGGCUCCUUCGGAAGGUGGCAGUAACAGUCAUAGACCGGUCACAUCAAGUGGGUGUUUACUGCGGGCCAGUGUGUGCCACCAACCUCACACCCGAAAGCCACAAAGACUCACGCCACAACGCAACGAGGCAGGGGCUCCUCCUCCUCCCUUGGUACAAGGAAAGAAGCGUAGGGAGCAGAGUUGGGAUGCUAGUCAGUACCCCCCGGCACCUAGCCCUUGCCCCUCAGUCUGGCUUUCCCCACUCCCGCUCCGGCGGAGGCAAGGUUAACAUUAGACGAGGCUGUGGCAACCGGAAAGAGCGCAGGCGCAGAGCGCGGAAUGCGCCUGCGCAGAGCGCAGGGCGACGUGGCCAGCCGGGGCCCGGAAGUGGUCCCUGUAGAACCACUGUGGCACCGCUACUCCGUGCCGCGCCCGUCGAGCAUUGCGUUGCUGCAUUGCGCCCCACCGACUCCACUAUGUUGAAGAAAUUCGACAAGAAGGAUGAGGAGUCAGGUGGAGGCUCCAACCCAUUCCAGCACCUUGAGAAGAGUGCCGUACUCCAGGAGGCCCGUGUAUUUAAUGAAACUCCCAUCAACCCUCGGAAAUGUGCUCACAUCCUCACCAAGAUUCUUUAUCUCAUAAACCAGGGGGAGCACCUGGGGACCACGGAAGCGACCGAGGCCUUCUUUGCCAUGACCAAGCUCUUUCAGUCCAAUGAUCCCACACUCCGUCGGAUGUGCUACUUGACCAUCAAGGAGAUGUCUUGCAUUGCAGAGGAUGUCAUCAUUGUCACCAGCAGCCUAACAAAAGACAUGACUGGGAAAGAAGACAACUACCGGGGCCCGGCCGUGCGAGCCCUCUGCCAGAUCACCGAUAGCACCAUGCUGCAGGCUAUUGAGCGCUACAUGAAACAAGCCAUUGUGGACAAGGUGCCCAGUGUCUCCAGCUCUGCCCUCGUGUCUUCCUUGCACCUGCUGAAGUGCAGCUUUGACGUGGUCAAGCGCUGGGUGAAUGAGGCUCAGGAGGCAGCAUCCAGUGAUAACAUCAUGGUCCAGUACCACGCACUAGGGCUCCUGUACCAUGUGCGUAAGAAUGACCGCCUAGCCGUCAAUAAGAUGAUCAGCAAGGUCACACGGCACGGCCUUAAGUCUCCCUUUGCCUACUGCAUGAUGAUCCGGGUGGCCAGCAAGCAGCUGGAAGAGGAGGAUGGCAGCCGUGACAGCCCACUGUUUGACUUCAUCGAGAGCUGCUUGCGCAACAAGCACGAGAUGGUGGUGUAUGAAGCCGCCUCGGCCAUCGUCAAUCUGCCAGGCUGCAGUGCCAAAGAGCUGGCCCCAGCUGUGUCAGUGCUCCAGCUUUUCUGCAGCUCACCCAAGGCUGCUCUCCGCUAUGCUGCUGUUCGUACCCUCAAUAAGGUUGCCAUGAAGCAUCCGUCAGCUGUGACAGCUUGUAAUCUGGAUCUGGAGAACCUGGUCACAGAUUCAAACCGCAGCAUUGCCACGCUGGCCAUCACCACCCUCCUUAAGACGGGCAGCGAGAGCAGCAUCGACCGCCUCAUGAAGCAGAUCUCCUCCUUCAUGUCAGAGAUCUCGGAUGAAUUCAAGGUGGUGGUUGUCCAGGCCAUCAGUGCCCUGUGUCAGAAAUAUCCUCGCAAACACGCCGUCCUUAUGAACUUCCUGUUCACCAUGCUGCGGGAAGAGGGUGGCUUUGAGUAUAAGCGCGCUAUCGUGGACUGCAUCAUCAGCAUCAUUGAAGAGAACUCAGAGAGCAAGGAGACAGGGCUGUCACAUCUGUGUGAGUUCAUCGAGGACUGCGAGUUCACAGUGCUGGCCACCCGUAUUCUACAUCUCCUGGGCCAGGAGGGGCCCAAGACCACCAACCCCUCGAAGUACAUCCGCUUCAUCUAUAACCGAGUGGUCUUGGAGCAUGAGGAGGUCCGGGCAGGUGCUGUGAGUGCUCUGGCCAAGUUUGGAGCCCAGAAUGAAGAGAUGUUACCCAGUAUCUUGGUGUUGCUGAAGAGGUGUGUGAUGGAUGAUGACAAUGAAGUAAGGGACCGAGCCACCUUCUACCUAAAUGUCCUGGAGCAGAAGCAGAAGGCCCUCAAUGCAGGCUAUAUCCUAAAUGGUCUGACUGUGUCCAUCCCUGGUCUGGAGAGGGCUCUGCAGCAGUACACUCUAGAACCAUCAGAAAAACCUUUUGACCUCAAGUCUGUGCCCCUGGCCACGGCGCCCAUGGCAGAGCAGAGAACAGAAAGCACCCCCAUCACAGCAGUCAAACAGCCUGAGAAAGUGGCAGCUACCAGGCAGGAGAUCUUCCAAGAGCAGUUGGCGGCAGUGCCAGAGUUCCGGGGUCUUGGGCCCCUCUUCAAGUCCUCGCCUGAGCCCGUGGCCCUCACUGAGUCAGAGACGGAGUAUGUCAUCCGCUGCACCAAACACACCUUCACCAACCACAUGGUUUUUCAGUUUGACUGCACAAACACACUUAAUGACCAGACCUUGGAGAAUGUCACAGUGCAGAUGGAGCCCACUGAGGCCUAUGAGGUGCUCUGUUACGUGCCUGCCCGGAGCCUGCCCUACAACCAGCCUGGGACCUGCUAUACACUGGUGGCACUGCCCAAAGAAGACCCCACAGCUGUGGCCUGCACAUUCAGCUGCAUGAUGAAGUUCACUGUCAAGGACUGUGAUCCCACCACUGGGGAGACCGAUGAUGAAGGCUAUGAGGAUGAGUAUGUGCUGGAAGAUCUGGAAGUUACUGUAGCUGAUCACAUUCAAAAGGUCAUGAGACUGAACUUCGAAGCAGCCUGGGAUGAGGUAGGGGAUGAAUUUGAGAAGGAGGAAACGUUCACCUUGUCUACCAUCAAGACACUUGAAGAGGCUGUGGGUAAUAUUGUGAAGUUCUUGGGAAUGCACCCUUGUGAGAGGUCAGACAAAGUGCCGGAUAACAAGAACACCCACACGUUGCUCCUGGCUGGUGUGUUCCGGGGUGGUCAUGACAUCCUGGUGCGUUCCCGGCUGCUGCUUUUGGACACAGUGACAAUGCAGGUGACAGCCAGAAGUUUGGAGGAGCUGCCAGUAGACAUCAUCUUGGCAUCUGUGGGAUAAGGGGCCAGCCUGCAUAGGACCUUAUACCCUUCCCCAACACUACCUGGAAGUUGUGCCUUCCUCAUGAAACUGGCGGAAACCCCUUCCCAAGCUUCUGUAUUGAAAAACAAUUAGGAAUCAUUGCAGAUUUUUUUUUUUUUUAUUCUGCCCCCACCUCCCACCCAGGACUACUUGCGGGUGACCUUUUUUUUUUUUUUUUUUUAAAUAGGGGAUGAUUUUAGCUUGUCCUAAAUCUUGCUAUCCUCCCUUCCAGGAAAGGGACAUUGUAAAUGAAUAAAACAUUCUCAACUCCUCUUGAAUCUAUCCCCCAAGAAACCAUCUUAUCCCUGUAAUAAAUCAGCAUGUAUUUAUUGAA